AUGAUUCAGCUCGGCGCUGUCUCGCGAGGCGCUCGAGGCCUCGCGGAGCCAUCUCUCGAUCUUUUGCCCUUCGAGCUUUCGCACGACUUCGACCGAGAUUGCUUGGGGCUGAGUCGCGAUGGUCAGACACGUUCCGAUCUAAAGUUAGCGGUCGAAGCUGGCGUGCGCCGCGUGAUCGUGGCCGUCAACAAAUGUGAGACCACGCCAAUAUCGCGAUGGAACGAAAUCACCGCCGAAAUGGCUACGUUGGCACAGCGAUUGCAAUUUGACGGCGACCUCCUGGUGCUGGCCAUCUCCGCUGUAGAUGGGGACAACGUCACCACCCGAUCCUUUCGCUUCCCGUGGUAUUCCGGCCCCACGCUGCUGGAAGCCAUCGAACAGACUGGCGACCUGCCCUGCGGCCGUCAACUCGAGGCGAAGAUCUUCGAGCCGUGCUCCGUCUCCGUCUUGGUUCCGGGCAAAGACGGCCACUCAGUCGUCGGCUUUGUACGAGCGGGUGUGGUCAAAAAGGGACACAAUCUGCACUUGGUCGAGCGCCGACCCAACACGCAGCCUCGUGUGGUCACCGUCACCGGGAUUGUGGACAGCGCAUCGCAGGAGAGGCCUCGCGCGCUUCCUGGGGACAUCGUGCUGAUAUCGUUCUCAUCAGCCAAGACCGGAGAGCCAGCCUCGCAGUCCAGAGGUGCCUCGCCGAUUGCGCUGAGCGCGCAUACGCCCAAGGAAGUGGACGAGAUCAGGAUUGAGGCUAUUACGCUGCGACACAAUGGGUUCAAGCUGGGCAUGAGCCUGCUUCUCCACUGCGAUGGCGUCUGGUCUGACUGCACCGGAAGCUGGCAGGAGCCUCCGCCACUGAAGCUGGGUGACCCCAUCGAGGGCCAGGUCCGCAUGAGACUGCGACUGCAGCUGCGGCUUCCUCGGGCGCUCUCCACACUGCACGUUCCUGUGGGGCGGCCCAUCACACUUCAGUUUGAGAGCGGCGGCACAGUUGCCGCCGGCACCAUCAUCAGCGCUAGCCUCACCUAA